AUGAUGGCCAUGUCUCUUGCAGCGGCUGCCCAGGACAUUCAUCUGACUGCUCCUGAAGCUCUUUCAGGAAUCUUCGGUUCAAUCUCGCUCGUCUGCUGGAUCUUUGUCUUGGUCCCACAGCUGAUUGAGAACUACAAACAAGGCUCUGCUGAGGCAGUCUCCCUCGCGUUCAUCGUCGUCUGGUUCGUCGGCGACAUUGCCAACCUUAUAGGUGCUAUAUGGGCUGGCCUUGUACCCACGGUCAUCUUGAUCGCUGUGUAUUUCUGCUUCUCCGACCUGGCACUCAUCACCCAAUGCGUAUACUAUAAUGUCAAGAACGCGAGGAAAGAGCGGAAACUAUCUACUCGUUCCAACGGAACAUACGAUAGCGAGGACGAGCCGUUGCUGAGUCGGAGGGACAGUGACAAUACUGGCUUACCCGGUUCGCAUCGGCGCAAAUCGUCUGCCGCUUCCCGUUUACAUCGAGAGAGUGUCAAUCGCCGUGAUUCCCUUGCCUCAAUUGUAGAGGAGGAGACCGGUGGUCGCGAAUGGCUCAAAAAUACCCUCUGUGUUGUUGGUAUACUCACUGUCGGCACUGGAGCAUGGGCUAUCGCAUGGAGCUCUGGUGUCUGGAAACCUGUUCCCGUCGUGACUGAUCCGCAGCCGAUGCCAAUCGGUGCCGAAAUCCUGGGUUAUGGCAGUGCUGUCUGCUACCUCGGUGCGCGCAUUCCUCAAAUUAUCAAGAAUUAUCGCGAUAAGAGCUGUGAAGGAUUGUCCCUUCUAUUUUUCAUGCUCUCACUGACAGGAAAUUUGACAUACGGGGCUGGCAUUCUCUUUCAUUCUACCGAUAAAGAGUACUUUCUGACCAAUCUUCCCUGGCUCAUCGGCUCCCUAGGAACAAUGGUCGAAGACGUUACCAUUUUCGCUCAGUUCCGGAUAUACGGGGAUCAGUCACCCUUCGCCGUAGAAUAA